AUGGGAAAGAACGUAUUAAACAAAUUAAAGAGAAGGCUUUCAAAUGCCGGUGAUUCGAUGUCUAUUAAGUCAGCGAAAGAAAAUGAGACUCAUAUUCCUAUUCCAAAUGAGAUCUACAAUUGGAAGAUUGUUUUAGUUGCACUUGUUUCUGCAUCUGCGGCUAUCAUCAUUGGUUACGACUCAGGUUUUAUUGGAGGCACUGUCUCGUUGGUAAGUUUCCAACAAGAGUUUGGUUUAGAUAAGAUGCUGCCAGAUCAAAGUACCCUUAUCACUGCUAAUGUUGUUUCUGUGUUCCAUGCUGGUGCUUUCUGGGGUUCAUUAAUUAUGUACCCAAUUGGUGAAGUUUUAGGUAGAAAGGCUGGGUUGAUUAUUUCUGGAUUCUUGUUAACCUUUGGUGCUGCUAUUACAUUAAUUGCAAAUCAAGAUAGAGGAUUAGGAGCUAUCUAUGCAGGUCGAAUCAUUACUGGUAUUGGUAUUGGUGGGUGUUCAGGAUUGGCUCCAAUUUAUAUUUCUGAAAUCAGUCCUUCUUCCAUCAGAGGUAAGUUAGUUGGAUGCUGGGAAUUAUCGUGGCAAAUUGGUGGUAUCGUCGGAUACUGGAUCAAUUACGGUGUCUUAGAACAUAUUCCAAAUUCUACAAAACAAUGGAUUAUUCCGUUUGCUAUUCAAUUAAUUCCAUCUGGUAUUUUCUUCGGUUGUUUAUUCCUCAUUCCUGAAUCACCAAGAUACUUGAUCUCGAGAGGUAAGAUGGCCAAGGCUAAGAAGAAUUUAGCUUUCUUGAGAGGUUUGCCUGAGGAUCACGAAUAUUCCUUACAUGAAAUUGAUAUCUUUACCACUGAUAUUGAAGAAAGAAUUGCUAAGAUCGGAAAUGGGUUCUUUGCUCCAAUUGUUGAAAUUUUUACAAAUAAGAAAUUAAUUUAUAGAUUAUUCUUAUCAACUGCAUUAUUUCCAAUGCAAAAUGGUUCUGGUAUUAAUGCUAUUAACUACUAUUCUCCAACCGUUUUUAAGUCUUUAGGCGUUAGUGGCCCUAAUGCUGGUUUAUUGUCUACUGGUAUCUUCGGUAUAUUAAAAGGAUUUGCAUCUGUUAUUUGGAUUUUCUUCGUGGUGGAAAUAAUGGGUCGUCGUACUGCCUUGAUUUGGUUCUCAAUUCCAUGUUCGCUUUGUAUGUGGUAUAUUGGUGCAUACAUCAAGAUUUCAGACCCAGCCGCAAGAUUAGCAUCCGGUAAUACUAAGAUGGAUGCCGGUGGUAAGGCUGCGCAGGCUUUAUUAUACAUUUGGACUAUCUUCUACGGGGCUUCAUGGAACGGUACUCCAUGGGUUAUUAAUUCAGAGAUUUUUUCUCAGGAAGUUAGAACUUUCACUCAGGCUGUUAACUCUUCUUCGAACUGGUUCUGGGCUUUCAUUAUGGGAAGAUUUACUGGGAGAGCCUUUGAAGCAACCUCAUACGGGUUAUACUUCUUAUUUGGGGCAUGUAUGAUUGUGUUUCCUAUUAUCAUUUUCUUCUUUUACCCUGAAACCAAGGGUGUUCCAUUAGAAGCUAUCGACCACUUGUUCGAAGUUCCAGCCUGGAGAGCAAGAGAAUACGCAUUAGAUAAAUUCGAAAGAGAAUAUGAAAAUGGAGAAUUAAUCCAAGAACAUGCUCAUGAAGUAAAUGCACAUGGUUCUGUUACAUCAGAUGACGAAAAAGUUGGGGGUGUUCAAAUCAAUGUAACAAAUGGAAGUUCAUUUGCAUCUAACUCUAUCAACGACAGAACAUGA